CUCUAACAGAAGUGUAUAAAAUUAUAAAUUUCAUUAAAUGUGCAAAAGCGGAUUGGGACGAACAAUUUUGGUGCGAUAAGACGAGACAAGUCGUAAUUUAAGAAUAUGAUUAACACGCUUGAUUAAGUUGAUAAUGGACGCAAGUGUAUGAGUAUUUGUGUGAGAAGAUACAAGAGUGCAUCGGUGAAUAAUCUUGAGACAAUAGGAUGACAAGUUGGUAAUUUAAGCGCGGCUCGGUAACGAUACAAGGAGGGUGCAACGACGAUCUCCGUAAAACUGCGACAGUGUGUCUUGCGACAGCGAUAUGAUGAGUUAACUGGGUGCAGACUCCUCCUCGAGAGUGACGCGCUUUAUUCCGGUAAUCGAGUUGACUGGCCGGAAAUACCGCCAAAAUAGAGUAUCCCGGUAGCAGCGGCAUGUACGGGGGCGGGUCGGCGGGAAGCGCAGGCUACGGGGUUGGUCUGGGACCGGGCCCUUCGCACUACGCGCCCCCCUCCGCCACGGUGGGCUACCAGUUGGGCCCACCACCGCCACCCCCGCCCGCCUGUCCCGUCACCGCAGGAAGUCAACUUCUGUCUUACGGGCCCGACUUAUCGCCCCAUCACAUCCAGCAGACCCACACGGAGACGCAGUCGAAAAGACGGAGAUCUGAUGAAGAUGAUCCGAGUGGCUGUAAAUAUAGGAGACUGGACGAUGACAACGUCCAGGACAAGGAGAGGUUUGCCAGCAGGGAGAAUCAUUGCGAGAUCGAGCGACGGCGGCGGAACAAGAUGACCGCCUACAUCACGGAGCUCUCCGACAUGGUGCCGACCUGUUCAGCCCUGGCCCGGAAGCCCGAUAAACUCACGAUCCUCAGGAUGGCAGUGGCGCACAUGAAAGCUCUUAGAGGCACCGGAAAUACUUCCACGGACAACGCCUAUAAACCGUCCUUCCUUACGGAUCAAGAAUUGAAGCACUUGAUUCUCGAAGCGGCAGAUGGCUUCCUGUUUGUUGUGAGCUGUGACUCGGGCAGAAUCAUCUACGUGUCCGAUUCGGUAGCGCCGGUGUUGAACUAUACACAGAGCGACUGGUUUGGCACUAGCCUGUACCAGCAAGUUCAUCCUGACGAUACCGAGAAAGUUCGGGAGCAGCUCAGCGCGGCGGAGCCACAGCAUGGUGGUCGAGUGUUGGACCUCAAGACUGGAACGGUCAAGAAGGAAGGACAAUCCUCGAUGCGACUAUGCAUGGGCUCAAGAAGAGGCUUCAUCUGUCGCAUGAAGGUCGGGAACCUGCAAACCUCGGGUGACAUGGCAGCGGCACACGGGCUACAUCGUAUGAAGCAAAGGAACUCUCUGGGACCGCCGGCGCGGGAUGGCCAGAACUAUGCGGUGGUGCACUGUACCGGAUACAUCAAGAAUUGGCCACCCACCGGUGAUUUUGUUCCCCCAUGUGUACCAAAUGUGGGUCUAGGUGACAGAGGUCCCGGGGGCAUUCAAACUGGUCCAGACGGUGUAGUUACGGAUGAAAAUGCCUCCACGCAUUGCUGCCUUGUCGCCAUUGGGCGAUUACAGGUCACUAGCACACCAAAUAGUAGCGACUUAGCAGGUUCUAAUAGCAAUAGCGAAUUUAUAUCACGUCAUUCUGCAGAAGGUAAAUUUACCUUCGUGGAUCAAAGAGUUGGCGGAAUUUUGGGUUAUACUCCAUCAGAACUUUUAGGUCAUCCUUGCUACGAAUUUUUCCAUCCGGAAGAUCUGACACAUAUGCGAGAGAGUUUUGAACAAGUAUUGAAAUUGAAAGGACAAGUCGUGUCUGUAAUGUACAGAUUUCGGGCUAAGAAUCGUGAUUGGGUGUGGUUGAGGACGUCAGCAUUUGCGUUUUUAAAUCCGUUCAACGAAGACAUCGAAUAUAUCGUCUGCACAAACACGCAUGCAAAGUCGUUUCAUCCUAGUAGCGACGGUCAAACGGAAAGCGAAGCUGUACCUGCAUAUGGACAACCUGGUCUGGACUAUUCUCUUCAGAGACAUCCUACCAGGGAUCCGCUGUACUCCGCACAUCACAUGAUGCAGCAUCCAGCUGCUGUAGCCACAGCCAGUCCGCAACAACCAAGGCCGUCCAGCACACAGAACGUAUAUCAGAGCUAUGAGACGACGCAAUCGCCGAUAGCUUAUGGAUCACCUGGACAACAAAGUGCAUCUUCGUCGGUCUUAAGUAGGAUUCAGAAGCCGGCUAAUACAUCUCCAACUCCGCAACCAUGGGCAAUUGGAAGACAGCAACCUGUAACGGAAGGCUACCAAUACAGUCAAUUAAGUCCAUCGAGAUCACCGAGCGGACCGACGUAUACUCAGCUUAGUAGCGGUGCUAGAACACCAGCUACACAGCAAUAUCAUGCAGUCACAACAGUGCCUAAUAAUCCUGGUAUGUGGGGUUGGCAGAGUCAACAGCAUCAAACGCAGCAACCGGACGGACAAACCGGCGCUCAGGUGUCCGCGCAAGCGCAACCACCGCAUCCUGGACAGGCUGGGCCCGGCACACAACCACAAGAGCUGUCUGACAUGCUGCAAAUGCUGCAAGAUCAAGGUGGCUCGUCUGGCUUCGAGGAAUUGAAUAUGUUCAACACUAACUUCGAGUAGCAACGAGAAAGGCGAUACGCCUCUGAGAAGCAGCUUCUACUUUAGAGGAAUUAUCUCUCUUCAGGGCUUUCUCCGGCUGUUCGAUAUUACUUCGAGGAUUUUGAUCUUGAGCGUCACAAUCCGCACCUUCACACCAGCAUCCGGAGGAUCGUUCAUGGAGAAAGAAGAAACGCGAUUUAACAAUUUAGCACCGCAUAUAUAGACUCUGCAAAAACGAUCGCACUGGGAUUAGGACAGCCUAGUCUACUGAAUUAUUUACAUAUUAUACAUCGUAUUAUAACGAGAGAUUUUUUAUUCAUUGUCAUGGGUAUAAGAUGCUACUGUUAUGCGUUUCGAUUGUUUGAAAUUAUCUAAACGAGCAUGGUUUCAUUGGGAACAUCAUUAAAACAUCAAGAGCAACUGUACCUUCAUGACGGUUAUUAAUUAGUGCUCGAAAAGCGAUGAAUAUAAUACGCACAGAUGGGCUAUCCACAUUUGGCAUAAGCUAUUAAAAAAAAUAAAGUUUUACAUUUAUAAAUUUUACAUUUGAAACUAAAUGCGUAAUCAAUGAAGAUACUAAUAACUGAGAAACGCUUUCAAUGCUUUCAGUGAUUUAGAUGAUUGUACUUUAAUAAAUCUGAAAUUAAAUUGAAAUUAAUUCUUUAAUAAUUAAUAUUAUGAAAUCUACUCAUAGCGGUGAAAGUUGUGUAUAAAGUUGAUUGAUUAGUUGAGUGAAUGGCCUAUAGAUAAAUAUUCACGGCCUUGUUACAAGUAUUCUAAAUAUAUGUAAGCAUCUGUGCUUAUUAUACGAAUGAAGUAACGUAAUUUUAAUUUUCAUAACAAUUUUAACCUGUAUCAUGCGAUUCGAUAAAUAUUUAACGAAGAA